GAGUUUGCGGUAGUUGGUCAUACUGUUGGCACGUCAGCUCUGAUUUGUAAUAUGUGACAAGAGCCUCUGAAUUCAAGUUGUUUCAUGAUUAGAUUAUUUUUGAAAUAGUAAAUGCUUUUUGAAAUAGAUACUUUUUGUUUGAUACCAGUGGUCUGUGAAGUGAACUGAGACGUUUUUUUAUUACAAGUAAUUAAUUAUAUGUGAUAGUUAAAGUGGAUAAAAUUGUGGAUAAAGUUAAUUCCGAAGAUAGGAUGGCGGCAUCUCACAUCUUGAGUGCCGUAGAGCCAACAGUAGGCGGUGGCGGUUCUCGCGGUGGCCGAGAGCGGGAGGUGAGCGUAGCCCUCGACGACAGGGAGCUCUGGGUGCGCUUCCAAACGUUAACUAACGAGAUGAUCGUCACUAAGAAUGGAAGACGGAUGUUUCCCGUAGUUAAGGUAACUGCCAGCGGAUUGGAUCCUACGGCGAUGUACACUGUUCUGCUAGAAUUUGUUCAAGUGGAUUCUCAUCGAUGGAAAUAUGUAAAUGGCGAAUGGGUGCCAGGCGGUAAAGCUGAAGUUCCUCCUUCGAAUGCUAUAUACAUACAUCCGGAAAGUCCAAAUUUCGGCGCACAUUGGAUGAAAGAGCCAAUAUCAUUUGCCAAAGUAAAACUAACAAAUAAAACCAACGGAAACGGUCAGAUUAUGUUGAAUUCCCUCCACAAAUAUGAACCCCGAGUUCACCUAGUAAAAGUGGGGACCGAUCUUCGGCGCAUUAUGACAUACCCUUUUCCGGAAACGCAGUUUAUUGCAGUAACGGCUUACCAGAAUGAGGAGGUCACCUCACUGAAGAUCAAGUAUAAUCCUUUCGCAAAGGCAUUUUUGGACGCCAAGGAGAGGCCGGAAGGUUACUACCAGAGAGAUUUUGUCGGAACACAUUAUCCACAACAGAGCUCAUCGCCCCAUCAGUAUCCUCAAUUUGGUGGAUGGUUUGUAGCGUCGCAGUCGUUAUAUGGCGGUAGUAACGCGUCAUCGCGGAGGCCAGCGCCUUACCCCCCGCGACCGCCUUCCCGCCCAAGAACAUUAUCACCACCAUCUACUUAUAGCACAUCAGAACGUACAACAAUUGCACCAAACAGCAGUGGCUAUACUUGGUCAGGUAGCAGUGGGUAUUGGAGUUCAGCUCAAGGCAGCAGCUCGCCCCAGCCUACGACCUCACCAGGACCAUACCGAACUCCUCCGCAUGCGUAUCCUGCACCCUUAGAAUACGCCCCCGCACCACCAGUCAGCACCACCGCUCCUGCAUCCGGCCCUGCGCCCAUCUACCCUCUGCAGUAUGAGGCACCUUCGCAACAUCACUCGCCAUAUUACCAGCACGCUUACGCGCCGUAUGCGCAUCAUGCUAUUGAAGACAUUUCCUACUGGCCAAAUAGUUACAGUUAUCAGCCCACGGAGUACGUCGGUACUAGUGAAGUAGUAUACAGUGCGGAGGGUAUACCGUUCCCGUCGGGGUCAUCUAAUGAGGCGACGGCAGAAAAUAGAAAUUCUCCUCUUGGGCCAGAUCACCAGACUGGGGAGAGAGAAUUUAAGUUUAGUGCAGAAGAAGGAAGACAUUCUCCUUGUGAGGAAAGCACUCUACCUCCUCGAUCGCCACCUCAGUGAUCGUACAUUCGACUGUGGUGUUAGACAUAUUAUUUAAAAGUGAUUGUAAAGGUAUUUAAUGAUUGCAGAAACUAUGGUUUCUGCCUAAAUACAGUCAUCAGUACAUUGUUCAAUAUUGACUUUUUUCACUCAGUGAUUUUUAUCGUUAUUCUUUUAAAUGUUAAGUCAAAAAAUUAUAAUGCGAAUUGAUGUUUUGUGGAAGGAAACAUGCUCGGCUAUACGUUAGGUUACCACAAUAUGUCAAAUACCUCCAGUUAAUAUGAAACUCAACCUUUGAAACAUUAAGGUUUAAAAUCAAGUGGUAAGACAUAUUUGUAUAACUUGAUGUGUGCCUGUAUGUGCAUACAAUGACCGUCCGUUUUGACAAUGGUCAGAACGAUAAAUUAAAAGUGUAAAAAUUUGAAAAAAAUGAAUAUUUUACUCUAUAUUUAAUAUGUCAUCUCUCCUUUCAAACUUAUUCAGGUGCUUAUUAAAAUGUUUUAUUUAUAGUGUAAAUAUUAUCCUAAUAAAUAAUAUGAAAUAGGAAAUUGUAGAUUAAGUUGGCAAAUGUACCUAGCAGAAAUAAAAUUGUCGUCAACUUUUGGAUAUUACCAUAUCAUUAAAAAAAAAUAAGAUGUUUCUAUUCACGAAACAUUGUAUGAAAUAAAUUAGCAAAAUCUUG